AUGGAGAGACACAUAGGAGAGAGAAAGGAAACCAGAGCCAACGACCCUUCUUCUUCUUCUUUAUCUCUCUGUAUGGGUUCGUCGGCAGCUGACAAGUUCUCCGACGAGCCCAUAACCCCAAUUGGUGGGUUCUUCCUCCAACCCCAAAUGGACCAAAUAAUCCACUGCACCAUGGGCUUCAAAAACCCCAUUGACAUCGCCGCCAUUAAAUCCCACCUCAAAACCUCCCUCCUUCUCUCCCACCCCAGAUUCUCCAGCCUCAUGGUCCGCGGCCCCCGAGGCCUCAAGAAAUGGCACAGGACCUCCCAUGUCGACGUCGACCACCACGUCAUCGUCGUCCACAACCCCGUCACCGCGUCAUCAAACUUUGACCACGAGACCGCGGUCAAUGCCUACUUGGCCGACCUCUCCACCAGCUCUGGCCUCAGCGCCGACAAACCCCUGUGGGAAUUCCACCUCCUCAUGGCCCACAACUGCGGCGUCUUCCGCAUCCACCACGCUCUGGGAGAUGGGGCUUCGCUCAUGUCUCUGUUCUCGGAGAGUUUCAGGGGAGCUGAAGAGGAAGAAAAGCUUCCGGCUUUGGGCUCUGUCGGGAAGAAGAAAAACAGAGUGAAUGGUGAAAAAGGCUGGUGGGUUUUGUUGAUUGGGUUUGUGGGUAUGGUUUGGUUCAGCUUGAUUUUUGUGGUGGAGUUUGCGUUGAGAAGCUUGUGGGUUUGUGACAUAAAAACAGAGAUAAGUGGUGGCGAUGGAGUUGAGCUCUGGCCUAGGAAGCUGGCCACUGCUCGGUUUAAGCUUCAGGACAUGAAGCUCGUCAAGAAAGCUGUUCCAAAUGCGACCAUCAAUGAUGUUCUUGUGGGGGUGGUUUCAGCAGGGCUAUCAAGAUACCUAGAUCACCGAACACCAAAUGGUUUGCCCGAGGGGCUUCGAAUUACAGGGGUGGUUUUGGUAAAUUUAAGAGAGCAACAUAGAUUGCAGGAACAAUCAGAUUUGAUGAAAAGCAACUCUGGAUCGAGUUGGGGUAACAAAUUCAGCACGUUUCUCCUACCUAUUUAUUAUAAAAAAAGUUCUGAAACUGAACCUCUGGAGUAUUUGAGGAGAGCUAAGGUGAUUAUGGACCGCAAGAAACAGUCUCUGGAGGCUCUUUUCUCAUACAAAAUUGGGUGUAUUUUAAUGACCUAUUUGGGAGCAGAGAUUGCUACAUGGCUUCUUUACAGGAUUGUCUGCAACACUAGCUUUGCUAUCUCAAAUAUACUUGGCCCACAAGAGGAAAUUGCAGUUGGAGGAAACCCUGUAACUUACCUCAGAGUGAAUACAUCUAGCCUGCCCCAUGCACUUACAAUGCAUAUGGUGAGCUAUGUGGAAAGAGCAGACAUGCAAAUUUCGGUUGCCAAAGAUAUAAUUCCUGACCCGGAAUUUCUUGCAAAGUGUUUUGAGGAGGCCUUGCUUGAUAUGAAGGAAGCAGCCCAUUGUGAAACAAAUGAUUGA